UGUGAAGUUUAGUUGCUCGCUCGCCGACAAGACGGAGGUACCUACUGUCUACACUGCAUUGAGCUUGUCCGUUUUGUGCGUUUAUUUUUGUGUUUUUCGAAGAACUGGGUCGUGCCUUUUUCGGUUUACAGACAAAUGGGAGCGGGUAACAACAUUUCUUAAGGGUAAACGUCGCUCGAAUGUAGACAGAAUACUCUGUGAUACACCAUACGUCAAACAAGAACAAGACUGUAAUCGAAGAGUUUCAUCGUCUCCGACCCAUUGGAAACCUCCCACCUCAUCAAUAUGACUUAUACAACAAUGGGUUCAGCCAUCAAAAAACGAUCAUCCUUGAUAGGUUCGACAACCGAAAACAACAACUUAGCCAAAUCUUCCGAGAACCAGAAAAAUGUCGAAAAGGUGGUUCAGUCUUCGAAGACAAUCAAUGCUAUCACCCGGACUCAUCCGACGGCAUACCUGAUAUUUUUCUCACUGCUACUGGAUCUGUUAGCCUUCACGAUGAUCUUGCCGCUGUUACCAUCUAUGUUAGAAUUUUACAAACAGAAUGAUGCCGGCGGAUUGUAUGGUUCUUUAUCCCGGAGUAUCAGAAGUUUUCAGGAGUGGGUCGGAGCACCGGAUAGGUUUAAUUCGGUCCUGUUCGGCGGUGCUUUAGGUUCCAUGUUCAGCUUGCUGCAAUUUAUUGCCAGCCCGAUUGCCGGGGGCCUUUCGGAUCAUUAUGGCCGAAAACCGGUUAUGGUUGUGUGCGCGGUAGGAAUAGCAGCCUCAUACGGGUUGUGGGCAUAUUCGCAUAACUUUAUGCUCUUUGUUAUUGCGCGUUUUGUGGGAGGCCUCAGUAAAGGCAACAUCUCUAUAUGUAUGGCCGUGAUAACCGACGUCUCUAACCAUCAGAAUCGAGGCAAAGCGAUGGCAUUGGUAGGAAUAGCCUUUUCCUUGGGUUUCAUCGUUGGACCUAUGAUCGGAGCCAUUUUCUCGAAGCUAGCCGACAAAUCUUCCUCUCAUUGGUUUUGGCUACCAGCUAUGUUCGCAAUGUGUCUUGCAUUGUUGGAUGUGCUAUUUGUAGGAUUCUACCUCAAAGAAUCGCUACCCAAGGAAAAACGGUCUAAAAAAAUUAUCAACAGUUUAUCACACGCCAUGGACCACAUCAGUAUUCCCGCCUUGUUUAGAUUCUCAGCUGUUAAGAACCUAUCCAAAAGGGACAUUAGCUCUCUACGCAGUUUGGGACUGGUGUACUUUAUCUACUUGUUUAUAUAUUCUGGAUUGGAGUUUACAGUGACGUUCCUCAUGUACCACAAAUUCAACUACACUUCAAUCGACCAAGCAAAAAUGUUCCUCACGACAGGAAUCGUAAUGGCGCUGCUACAAGGUUCUGUCGUACGAAGGUUACCGGAUAAUUUGAUGCAAACUUCGGCUGUUGCUGGCCUGUUUUUGAUUAUUCCGGCUUUCGUACUUGUCGGAAUGGCAGAAUCCACUCGCAUGUUAUACCUGGGAAUGAUUUUAUUCGCUGUCUCAACGGCUUUUGUAGUGACGUGCAUGACGACACUUACCUCCAAGUAUGGGGACUUCAACCAGAAAGGAACCGUGUUAGGAGUGUUUAGAUCGCUAGGGGCGCUGGCUCGUGCUUUGGGACCAAUCGUAGCUUCGGUAGCCUUUUGGUGCAUUGGAUCACGGGUGACUUACAUUGUAGGCGGAUUGCUACUUUUCAUCCCCAGUGUCAUGUUGCAGCGCUUUAAGUUAUCGUGAGAAAUUAGAAGCUAAUCACAUUAUUCGUUACUUAAGGUAUAAAAAUGAAACAACGAAUCGUUCGACCGUGAUUCAAAAUCAUGAUAAAGUUCGUAGAGUAUUUUUCAUCUCUUCUAUUCCAAUUUGUCACAGUAUUUAAAGCAUUUUGAUAUUAUUUUUUGUUAAAU